ACACCUACGUCGCCGGGUUCAUGUUGUUGGAUCGCCCAGUUCCUUCGACGAGCGAGUAUCCUGCGAAUAAGUCGAUUCGCCCGUCCCUGGGUUCUUCCGACGACCGCUCCGGUAAAAACGUUGCGCCGUCGGACGAACCGCCCAUCAUCCACGUACAAGAACUAGAUGCCGAAGAAGUCGCAACAGCAGAGGAUACGAGCAAGGACGUUGUAGCGGUCCAAGCACACUCUGAGUCACCGAAGUCGGUCAAGGCGGUAGCGCCUGAGUCAGGACCAGAGCGAGGUAAUCCCCUAUCCCGUCCUCCAGCAGCCAAGACAGUAUCUACUGGGGAUACUCCUUUGGGUGUCGUUCCGACCAAAUCCGAGGGAGCCACCUU